GCCGGGGGAGGCCGGCUCCAGCUCCCAACCCCCAGCGCUGCCCGCCGCGGGGGCGGCCCCGGGGGCAGCAGCGGCAGCAGCAUCCUCGGGGCCGCCCCGCUGCCCCCGCCCGCAGCCCCCGGUGGGGCUCGGCUGCAGCCCCGCACGGCCCCGGCCGCGCCGUCGGGCUGGAGCCGCGGCCGCUGCCCCGCGAGCCGAGCGGCUGCUCCCCGCCGCCCCCGCCCCGAUCCCGGGCAGGAACGGUGUCCUCGCCCCGCGCCCAGCUAGGAGGGCUGAAGGAUUGCGAUCAGCGUUUCCCUUUUUCCCCGAAAGCAGAGGCUGAGGAACGGGACAGGAGCGCCUGGGGAACGGGACAGGCAGCAGCGCCCGGCCGCGCUCCGGGGAGUUGUUUGUGCCUUUCCCAUUAUUAUUAUUUUCCGCCCCAAAGGCGGACCGGUUUAUCCGCACCUUGGCGGGUGGCGAAGCCAGGCCGGCGCCCCGGCUGUUGCCGCUGAACUGCAGCACAAACUCCGCAGAAAGCGCCUGUUGAUUCGGGAUGCACCUCCGCUCCCCGCCCCAAAGUGCACGAGUGCUGCCCUGGCGCUUCCCCGGACCUGCCUCCGCUACCCGCCUGUUGACAGAGGGACACGCUGACUUCUGGGGUCCUCUCCCACGCCUCAGAGGGCGCGCUCCGGUCACCCGGCGGUUUUCUUUCUAAGAAAAGCCACCCCAAUAUCUUAAAACCCACCAGGCAGCGUCAAAAGCGACCCCCCGAGCAGCACUCCCCGCCCCCACCGAGCGCCGCUCGCUCCCGGCCCGGGGGUGGGUGAAAGGGGAGGCCCGAGGCCAUGGAGGUGGCCACGGAUCAGCCUCGCUGGAUGGCCCACCACGCCGUGCUCAACGGGCAGCACCCCGACAGCCACCACCCCGGGCUGCCUCACAACUACAUGGAACCAGCGCAGCUCCUACCUCCGGAUGAAGUCGACGUCUUCUUCAACCACCUGGACUCCCAGGGCAACCCUUACUACGCCAAUUCCGCCCAUGCCCGGGCCAGGGUCUCCUACAGCCAGGCACACGCCCGCCUGACCGGGAGUCAAAUGUGCCGGCCUCAUCUUAUCCACAGCCCCGGGAUCCCUUGGCUGGACAGCAGCAAGGCGGCACUGUCUGCCCAUCACCACAACCCCUGGACCGUCAGCCCCUUCACCAAGACACCCCUUCACCCCUCGGCGGCAGGAGCGCCUGGGGCCAUCUCGGUGUACCCGGGCAGCAGCACCUCCAGCACCGCCUCCGUGUCUUCGCUCACCCCGGCCUCGCACUCCGGCUCCCACCUCUUCGGCUUCCCCCCGACCCCUCCCAAGGAAGUGUCCCCAGACCCCAACUCCACCAGCGCCGCCUCCCCUUCUUCCUCCGCCGGGGCUCGGCAGGAGGACAAAGACAGCAUCAAGUACCAAGUGUCGCUGUCGGAGGGGAUGAAGAUGGAGAGCGCCAGCCCGCUCAGAAGCAGCCUCACCAGCAUGGGGGCCCAGCCCUCUACCCACCACCCCAUCCCCACCUACCCCUCCUACGUGCCGGCAGCCCACGACUACAGCAGCAGCCUCUUCCACCCGGGCAGCUUUCUGGGGGGCCCCGCGUCCAGCUUCACCCCCAAGCCGCGGAGCAAGGCCAGGUCCUGCUCGGAAGGCAGAGAGUGUGUGAACUGUGGAGCCACCGCCACCCCUCUCUGGAGAAGAGACGGCACCGGGCAUUACCUGUGCAACGCCUGCGGGCUCUACCACAAAAUGAACGGCCAAAACCGACCUCUCAUUAAACCCAAGCGAAGGCUGUCAGCGGCCAGGAGAGCAGGGACUUGUUGUGCCAACUGUCAGACAACCACCACGACCUUAUGGCGACGUAAUGCAAACGGGGACCCAGUUUGUAAUGCCUGUGGACUCUACUAUAAAUUGCACAAUGUGAACAGGCCUCUGACCAUGAAAAAGGAAGGAAUUCAGACCAGGAAUAGGAAAAUGUCCAACAAAUCAAAGAAAAGCAAGAAAGGCUCUGAGUGUUUUGAGGAACUGUCCAAGUGCAUGCAGGAGAAGUCGUCUCCCUUCAGCGCUGCUGCCCUUGCCAGUCACAUGGCACCCAUGGGGCAUUUGCCCCCUUUCAGCCACUCUGGACACAUCCUACCAACGCCUACCCCCAUCCACCCAUCUUCCAGCAUCUCAUUUGGACACCCACACCCAUCCAGCAUGGUUACAGCCAUGGGAUAAAACCUGAUGACCAAGAGACCCAUCCAGAUAUUAAGAACAUGGGACUUUGCCUAAGGUGACACCAAGUAAGACAAUGUUCUGCCAAGAGGAGAAUGUAGGGAUGGCAAAAGGAGACCUUUGCUCCCAUGUGGUUAACUUUUAAUGCUGGACUAAAACCUUGCAAAUGAUGGGUCUUCUGCAGAAAUGUGUAGUGGUGCCUGUAAUGCACUUUGCCCCCUCAGGUAUAAGAAAAAAGAACUCACCUGUUCGAUACUUAAUGGUCCAGCAGGAAGCAAAAGAUGGCAGAAGCUGAAAGAGAAGGCUCGGAACUGGUUUUCCUUUCUCUCUUUGUUAUUACUGUGAAUAUUGUAAAGAGAUAUAAGCAGCCUCCCAGGAUGGAAUUGGCUCACUGGAAGCCAGACAUGCUGGAUUUCUAUUGCGGACUUUGUUUGGGAUAGGGGAAAAAAAAAGAAGAAAAAAAGCCAAAAAAAGAAAAGUAGAAAAAAAAAAAACAAGAGAAAGAAAAGGGCAUCUUUAUUAAACCUUAAGUUUUAAAAUCACACACAAAGUCAUAUUUAUUUUGUUUUCCACAAAAAGCCUCAACCCCUCUGAUUGCAUGUUUUUGUGCUGUCAUUUGCAAUGGCUACCCUGUAAGAAAAGCUGCCUUCAAAACAAGGAGAGGGGAAAUGUACUCAACAGCCCUCUUGGAUUAGCUCCAUCUAUCUUCCAUACCAAAGUUACUAGGAAGGGGGAAAAGAUUGCGAGGGCGAGGAACAAAGCAAAAAUGUAGCUGUAAUACGGGAUUUUAAUAUACCCAGGAUGGUGAUUAUUUUGACACAAUUCCUUCAUUCUUCCAAACAUGAAAGAUUUAUUUAAAAAAAGGGCCCCUCUCCCAACUACCCUAUUGUUCCUCAAACCAGACAACCUAGGUCAGAAAAACUGUUGGGAAAAAAACUCUGGGGAAGGCAAUCCUGCACUAGCAAGGGGUGGAUAGCUGCAACACAAUUUUGGUAAAUGCCUGUAGAAGUUCUAACACAGCCAAAACUAUAAUGGGGCAUAAAACCCAUCCUGCUCGCAGACUUUGGAGGUUGAAGCAUUUUGUUCUGUUGUGUUGGCAGCUGUCGCUUAAAAAUGCAGAUUAGCUGCUUGGGUAAACUUUGGGCAGUGUGGGCACCACAUGCACAUGCAGCCAGCGCCUGCUGUCUCAGGCACCCAGCCCCGGUGGAGCCCACCGGGAGGAAGGGCAGAAAUGAGGCUGAGAUCACUGGAGAGGGGAAAAAGAGAGACAAUCAGUUUGAGCUUCACACAUCCAUCAAAUCCCAGACACAGAGACAGCUGAGGGAAAGCAUCGUUCUAAGGGGAACGUCUGUUUUCCGUAGUGGAUUUUAUAUGAAAACCUGAAAAGAACAAAAAAAAAAAAAAAAAAAAAAUUAAAUCUCCCAUUAUGAAACCAUAUUGUACGUAAAUGACCGAAUACAAAGCUAUUGCCAAUGUGAAGUGUAUUCUAUUGAUUGUUAUGAUCUGAUGCCUCUCGUGAACACAAGCUCCAGUAUAACAUAAGGUGUACAUAUUUAGGUAUACUUCUGAUGAAAAUGCCCCAAUGAACAGAGGGGUUUGAUAAUGUAAACCACGUAAGCUUAACUCUGUGAAAAGCUUUUUAUUUUAUUUUUUUAAAUUUUAACUAUUUUGUUGUUGGGUUUUUCUUUUUCUUUUUCCUUUUUUUUUUUUUUUUUUUUUUUUUUUUUGGUUUUUUUUUUUUUUUUUUUUUUUUCUUUUUUUUUUUUUUUUUUUUUUUUGGAUCAAGCCAAAUUGUAUCUUUACUGCAAAAGUCCUGCUUUAAAGAAAAAAAACAGAAUGAAACAAAAAAAGGAUGUAUGUAAAUUUUUUUAAGCCUGUAAUUUUUAAGCCUACUAAAAUGUAGUAUUUUAUAAUUAAGAACCAAGCAGCCAUGAAAAUCCUGCUUUCUUCUUUUUUUUGGUCUGCGUAGGCAUAUAGGUGCACUUUGUAAAGAAGUGGAAAUAAAUGGGAAACUAAAUUGGUUGGGAGAAAUCAUAAGAAUUUUUAAUCUACUGAGGUAAAAAAUUAGGUCCUUUUUACUUUUUACCUUUUACAAUGGUACAGUUGUACAUUAUUUGUACCCAACUCAAAUUUCUGUAGGAUUUGGGCAGAGGGGAAAGGGUGUGGGUGAAAGACAGGGAUUACUGAUACAGUUGACAAAGUGCAAUAUAUUGUCAGUCACUGCAGCAUAGACAACAGCAGUUGAGAUUUAAAUUAUUUUGUACUUGUAUCAGCAUAAAAAAAUUCUUCAGUAUUUUCUGUUUUUAUUUUAAUUUUUAUUUUGCUUAUUUUUGGAUUAGUGAACUAAAUUAUUGUUAAUUAUGUACAACAUGUUUAUAUAUUGUCUGUAAAAAGUGUAUGCUUUCCUCAUAUUCCUUCAAGGUGAAUAUUGCUAAGAAUAAUAAAUACCUUUUUUGUGAAA